AUGGACUUCGCCCGCCUCUGGCUCGGGCUGCUGCUGCCCUUGGUGGCCGCGCUGGAUUUCAGCUACCACCACCAGGAAGAGAUGGAAACGUUUCUGAAGAACGUUGCCCAAAACUACAGUUCUGUCACUCACUUACACAGUGUGGGGAAGUCUGUGAAAGGCAGAAACCUGUGGGUUCUUGUCGUGGGGCGCUCACCAAAGGAGCACAGAAUCGGGAUUCCAGAGUUCAAGUACGUGGCCAACAUGCACGGAGAUGAGACUGUAGGGCGGGAACUGCUGCUCCAUUUAAUUGACUAUCUCGUAACCAAUGACGGAAAAGACUUUGAAAUCACCCGUCUAAUCAAUAGUACCCGGAUACACAUCAUGCCUUCCAUGAAUCCAGAUGGAUUCGAAGCUGUCAAAAAGCCUGACUGUUUUAACACUAAUGGAAGGGAAAAUAAUAACUUCUACGACCUGAACAGAAAUUUCCCCGAUGGUUUUGAGUUUAAUAAUGAAUCGAGGCAGCCUGAAACUGUGGCAGUCAUGGAGUGGCUGAAAACGGAGACGUUUGUCCUCUCAGCAAACCUCCACGGCGGUGCCCUGGUGGCCAGUUACCCAUUCGAUAACGGCGUUUCAGCAAUGGGGAAAGUGCACUCCCGGAGCUUAACCCCUGAUGAUGAUGUCUUUCAAUACCUUGCAAAUUCCUACGCCUCCAAAAAUGUCAACAUGAAGAAAGGAGAUCACUGUAAAAACAAAAUGAACUUUCGGAACGGGAUUGUAAAUGGAUACGAGUGGUAUCCACUCAAAGGUGGAAUGCAGGAUUAUAACUACAUCUGGGCCCAGUGCUUUGAAAUUACGUUGGAGCUGUCAUGCUGCAAAUAUCCUCGCGAGGAGAAGCUUCCAUUCUUCUGGGAUUCCAACAAAGCCUCGCUGAUUGAAUACAUAAAACAGGUGCACCUAGGUAUAAAGGGUCAAGUUUUUGAUCAAAAGGGAAAUCCAUUACCCAAUGUAAUUGUAGAAGUCCAAGACAGAAAACAUAUCUGCCCCUAUAAAACCAACAAAUUUGGAGAGUAUUACCUCCUUCUCUUGCCUGGGUCAUAUACGUUAAAUGUUACAGUCCCUGGACAAGAGCCAUACCUCACAAAGGUGAUUAUCCCAAAAAAAUCCCAGGACUUCAGUGCUCUUAAAAAGGAUAUUGUAUUUCCACUCAGAGGGCACUUGGAUUCUAGCCUAGUAUCAAAUCUUUCAUGUCCUAUGAUUCCUCUAUACAGUAUUUUGCCAAGCCACUCAGCUGCAACAAAGCCUAGUCUGUUCUUAUUUUUAGUGACUCUUUUUCACAUAUUGUUCAAGUGA